AUGGAUAUAGCGUCAUUUGAAUUUUUACUACAACUUAUCGAACCCAAAAUUACAAAACAAAAUACGAGGAUGAGACAGUCAGUGACUGCAAGAGAAAGAUUAAUUGCUACGCUGAGAUAUUUAGCUACAGGCAGAACUUAUGCAGAUAUGAAAUUCACGUGUGCUAUAUCGCCACAACUACUAGGUAAAAUUAUACCGGAAACCUGUAAGGAAUUAUUUAUGGCAUUAAAAGAUGACUUCAUUAAGUUUCCGUCAACUACUGAGGAUUGGUUGGAAGUUGCGCGUGGUUUCGCAAAUACAUGGAAUUUCGAACAUUGCUUAGGAGCGAUGGAUGGCAAACACAUCGCUAUUAAACAACCUCCACAUAGUGGUUCUUACUACUUCAAUUACAAAUCUUAUUACAGCAUUGUAUUAUUUGCAGUUGUUAAUGCUAAUUAUGAAUAUUUAUAUAUUCACACUGGCACAAACGGUAGAGUAUCUGAUGGAGGCGUAAUACAGGAAACAGAUUUUUAUGACAAAUUAGAAAACGGACUGUUAAAUUUACCACCCCCGAGUAUCCUUAGAAACUCUCAAAUUGUUGCCCCAUAUGUUUUUAUAGGAGAUGAUGCGUUUCAAUUGUCUGAUCACGUAAUGAAACCAUACCGCAAAGAUAUUAAUACUCCGAGAAAUGAAAGAAUUUUUAACUAUCGUUUGUGCAGGGCACGGCGAACUGUUGAAAACGCCUUUGGCAUAACCGCUUGUAGGUUUCGAGUUUUACUAUCCACUAUAAGUCUAGAAAACGUGAAUAAUAUUGAUUAUGUUGUAAUGGCUUGUUGUGCUUUGCACAAUUUUUUGAGGCGCAAUUCUUCUAACUAUAUGACAAUUCAAUGCAUGGAUCACGAAAAUCAUAAUCACACAGUUACUCCUGGAGAAUGGCGACAAGAGCAAUCACAUCAGCUACAUGGCUUGUUGAACAGAGGACGCAAUUGUGAAGAGAGAGCUAAAGUUAUAAGAAAACUGUUUACAGAGUAUUAUAAUAACGAAGGUCAAGUGGCGUUUCAAAGUCAAUUUAUAUAAUACAUACAAUUAUACAUUAUGUUCAAAUAAAUAUAAUAUAAAUUCAACUGUGAUAA